GCAGAUAAUUUCCUUAAUUCUACAAGAUGUCAGAUACUACAGGAUUUACAGGUGAAGGAACAGGUGGAGAUGUGUUCAAAGUUGAUUUAAAUAAACAAUUCGAAGGUGCCGAUAUGGUAUGGGUGGCCACUGCCUCUGCAUUGGUCUGGAUUAUGAUUCCUGGUGUUGGUCUUUUAUAUUCAGGGUUAUCUCGUAAGAAGCAUGCUUUGUCUUUAAUGUGGGCUUCUAUCAUGGCUGCCUGUUUAACAACAUUUCAAUGGUUCUUCUGGGGUUAUUCGUUAACAUUUGCUCAUAAUGGUUCUGCCUUUUUAGGUACUUUACAAAAUUUCUGUCUUAAAGGUGUUUUAGGUGCUCCAAGUAUUGCUACCAAAGUUCCAGAUAUUUUGUUUUGUUUCUAUCAAGGUAUGUUCGCUGCCACUACUGCUAUUUUAAUGGUUGGUGCUGGAUGUGAAAGAGCUCGUUUAGGUCCAAUGAUGGUUUUCUUAUUCCUUUGGUUGACUGUGGUCUAUUGCCCAAUUGCUUACUGGACUUGGGGUGGAAAUGGUUGGUUAGUUAAAUUAGGUGCUUUGGAUUUCGCCGGUGGAGGUCCAGUCCACGAAAACUCUGGUUUUGCUGCUUUAGCCUACUCAUUAUGGUUAGGUAAAAGACAUGAUCCUUUAACUCAAGGUAAGGUUCCAAAGUACAAACCACACUCUGUUUCUUCUAUCGUUUUAGGUACCGUGUUCCUUUGGUUCGGUUGGUUUGGUUUCAACGGUGGUUCUACUGGUAACGCUUCUAUCCGUUCUUGGUAUGCUGCCGUCAACACCAACAUUGCUGCUGCUUCAGGUGGUUUAACUUGGAUGUUUGUUGACUACUUCAGAACUGGUGGUAAGUGGUCUACUGUUGGUUUAUGUACUGGUGCCAUUGCUGGUUUAGUUGGUAUUACUCCAGCUGCAGGUUUUGUUCCUGUUUAUACUUCGAUUAUUUUUGGUAUUGUCCCAGCUAUUAUUUGUAACUUUGCUGUCGAUUUAAAGAACAUUUUACAAAUCGAUGAUGGUAUGGAUGUUUGGGCUCUUCAUGGUGUUGGUGGUUUUGUUGGUAGUUUCAUGACUGGUCUUUUUGCAGCUGAUUAUGUUGGCAUGAUUGAUGGUACUGAAAUUGCUGGUGGUUGGAUCAAUCAUCAUUGGAAACAAUUAGGUUACCAAUUGGCUGGUUCUGUUUCCAUCGGUGCUUGGUCAUUCACAGUUACUUCCAUCUUAUUAUUAGUUAUGGACAGAAUUCCACAAUUAAGAAUCAGAUUACAUGAAGAUGAAGAAAUGUUAGGUACUGAUUUGGCUCAAAUUGGUGAAUUUGCUUACUAUGAUGAAGAGGAUUCAGAACAUGAUGCUUACGUUUUGGAACCAAUCAGAUCCACUCCUGCCAUCAAGGCCAAGUUGAAAGCUUCUACCACCAGACCAGAAGAAGAAGAACCCACUCCAAUUGAAGGAAAAACCGUUGACGGUCAAGAUUCUUUAAACCAAAACGAUAGUGAUGUAUCAAAGGUUUAACUAAUCUAAAAGUUAUAAAGUUAGAAAACAGAUUGUUCCUAUUAAUAUUUUUCAGUUCUUGGUAUAUUUAUUUGUAUAUGUCGUUUUAAUCAAUAUUUUUAAUACCUC